UAAAUGAAAAAAACGCAGACAAAAACACUCACUUUCUCUUUCUCUCUCUUCCCCCCUCCACCUCCUCCUCCUCCUUCUUCUUCUUCUUCUUCUUCUUCUACUUCCUCUCUAUCUCUUUCUUCUGUGCCUUUUCAGCUUCGCAUCUUCAAUCUACCACAGCAGCCAGACGCGUCGUCCUUGGAGCUGUUUUUUCAAGCGUCCUCCUUUUGGGAGAGACUCUUUCUCUCCAUACAAAAAAGAAAAAAAAAACACUUUAACUCCAUUCCAUCACAGUGAGUAAAUUUUGGCUUUACUUUGCUUACUCACUCACCAAAUUGAUUCCUUUAGAGAAUUUUGUUCUAUGGGUAUUUUUUAUUGGCUAUUUCUUAGGGUUUCUUUUUUAGAACAUUAAUCUUUGGGGUACAAUUUUAUUUUGGUUCUUGGGUUUAUGCAAUUUGUUAGUAAAUUCAUCGUUGCGAUUCUUACCAGCAUUUUACAUGCUGAGCGUGAAAAAAAUAAAAGUUUGUAACUUUUGAGUGUGUAUAUUGCUUGAGAAUUCUAUUUCUUUGAUGGGUUUGAGCUCGUUUUUAAAGUUGAACUCUUUGAUUUUGUGGAAAUGAAUGCUUGAAUUGUGUAGAUCUGUGCUGGGAAGUGUUUGUUAGUGGGUUCUUGAGCUUUGGGAGUAAUAUGUUGUAGCAUAGUGGGCAGUGAAUUGGGUCGUAUGAGUUGAUCUAUUUCGAUGGCAUUAUGGGUAUGUCAAGGUGUAAUGAGAAUUGGGUGUAUUGGAACAACUGCAAUUAUGUGACUGUUUUUUCUCUUGCCAAAAUGAAAGAUCUUUUUCGUUUAGUUAAUUCAUUUUUUCAGAUAUUAGAAAAUGAUCCAGAUGCUUUUAGUUGAAAAUGGAAGUGAAACAGACAUAAGAUGGUGAAAAUGUGAGCCAUUCCAGCAAGAGGACUUCAUUGAUUUAUGCAGUAAAGGUUGUUAGAAAUUAGUGGAUUUUCAAUCCCAGUUUGUUAAGUUAAGAAGAUUGUCAGUCUGUUACAGCAGUUCAGAUAUGGAGCUGGUUUAUAUGUCAAUAUUAGUUCUGUGCAACUCACAAUUUGGUUUUGAAAAUUGUACGACAGAACCUUAGCUUCAUAGCGUUCAUUUACUUACCAAAAAGUUGGAUUGCAGUGUUAAAAUAAAAGCCAUGCAAGCAUGUAGUAUUUUUGACAAAAAAAAUUAAUGAAGAGGAAGUAGGUAUUUUUGAACUUUGAUAUUAAUUAGUUUCUGUGAGACCAGUUAGUUAUGUUGUAACAAACAAUUUAUUAGCCAGGCUUUUAAAAGUCAUCCAAUUGAGGUGACUUUGUGGGAAAGCUCUUAACUAAUUCUGGUUUGUAGUGCCUUGCUGUGACAUGGUCAAUUCUCUUGAAGUAAUCACUCCUUGUAUUUGCUUAUGUUAUUUUGUGAAACCACUUUUAAGCUGCUAUCCAUGUUGUGCAUCCUGAAAUGAGUCCAGUUUGCCUACUUUUGUGACUUUUGAGGAUAAGGCCAUUUGAAUCGAUCAUUGUAACUUUUAAUUGUGUUGCAUAUCGUUACAUCAAUUGGGUGUAAUGUGAUAGCUCAUUUGAAUAGAAAUAAAUUGAACUCAGAAACUGACAGUUAGUGUAAGCUUGGAACACCAGCAAUGCCUUCUUGGUGGGGAAAGUCUUCCUCUAAAGAAGGAAAAAAGAAAGCGAAUAAAGAGAGUUUUAUUGAUACAUUACACAGAAAAUUCAAGAGUGCACCUGAUGAUAAGAGCAACUCAAAAUCUGGAGGCUCCAGGAGACGUAGUGAUACUGUCUCAGAAAGGGGAUCUCUAUCCAGGGUUCCAUCCAGGUCACCAUCUCCCUCAACACAAGUAUCAAGAUGUCAAAGUUUUGCAGAAAGGCCUCAUGCACAACCGCUUCCCCUUCCUAGGACGCAACUUAGUAUUGGCCGUACCAACUCUAGCAUUAGUACAUCCUCAAAAUCAGAACUUGACAAGCGGUCAAAGCCAUUGCUGGUUUUUCCCCUUCCAAAGCCUGCUUGUAUUCUUAACAGGGCAGAUCCUACUGAUGCUGAUGGAGAUUUAGCCACUGCUUCUGUUUCUAGCGAUAGCUCUACCGAUAGUGAUGACCCAUCUGAGUCGCGUCUAAUAAGUCCCCUUACAUCUGACUAUGAAAAUGGAAACAAAACUGCUCUGAACAGCCCAUCAAGGGUAAUGCACAAGGAUCCGCCCGCUACUUUGAACCAAAAGAACUCAAAGGAAACAUUGAGGCCAUCAAAUCUUCUGUUCAACACCCAGACUUUGUCUACAUUACCUAAAAGGCAACUGGCAACCAUGCAUAUGCAAAAUUUGCAAAUUCCAUCUCAUGGUGCUUUCUGCAGUGCUCCGGAUAGCUCAAAGUCAAGUCCUUCUAGGAGUCCUAUUAGGGCAUUUGGUACUGAGCAAUUUCUCAACUCUGGGUUCUGGGCAGGAAAACCAUAUCCAGAUAUAGCUUCUGCUCACUGUUCUAGUCCAGGUUCAGGUCAUAAUUCUGGGCAUAAUUCAGUAGGAGGAGAUCUGUCAGGGCAGCUAUUUUGGCAGCACAGCAGAUGCAGCCCUGAGUGUUCUCCAAUCCCUAGUCCCAGAAUGAUUAGCCCUGGUCCCAGCUCAAGGAUACAUAGUGGUGCGGUCACCCCUCUGCAUCCACGUGCUGGAGGAACCCCAGCAGAAUCACCCACUAGCAAGCCUGAUGAUGGGAGGCAACAAAGUCACCGGUUGCCCCUUCCUCCAUUAACAAUCACUCACAGUAGUCCAUUUUCUCCUACAUAUUCUUCCUCAGCAACUCCGACAGUACCACGCAGCCCUGGUAGGGCAGAAAAUCCAACAAGCCCUGGUUCACGCUGGAAGAAAGGGCGGCUUCUUGGAAGGGGCACCUUUGGACAUGUAUAUCUCGGUUUCAACAGUGAAAGUGGUGAAAUGUGCGCCAUGAAGGAAGUAACUCUGUUUUCAGAUGAUGCAAAAUCAAGAGAAAGUGCACAGCAGUUGGGGCAAGAAAUUGCUUUGCUAAGUCGGUUACAACAUCCAAAUAUUGUGCAGUACUACGGAUCAGAGACAGUUGAUGACAAAUUAUACAUAUACUUGGAGUAUGUAUCGGGGGGAUCUAUUUAUAAACUUCUUCUAGACUAUGGCCAGUUUGGUGAAGUAGCUAUUCGUAGUUAUACUCAACAAAUUUUAUCAGGGCUUGCAUAUUUACAUGCUAAAAAUACUGUCCACAGGGACAUCAAAGGAGCAAAUAUAUUAGUUGAUCCCAAUGGUCGUGUGAAAUUGGCUGAUUUUGGAAUGGCAAAGCAUAUUACUGGGGAGUAUUGUCCACUGUCGUUCAAGGGAAGCCCCUAUUGGAUGGCACCCGAGGUAUUCAACAAUUCAAUUGGUUGUAAUCUUGCUGUUGAUAUAUGGAGCCUUGGGUGCACUGUUCUGGAGAUGGCUACAACAAAACCUCCUUGGAGCCAGUUUGAGGGGGUUGCUGCAAUGUUUAAGAUCGGAAACAGCAAGGAACUCCCUGCCAUUCCUGAUCAUUUGUCGCCAGAGGGGAGGGACUUUGUGUUGAAGUGCUUGCAGCGGAAUCCCAUGAAUCGUCCCACUGCUUCUAUGCUUUUGGAACAUCCUUUUGUCAAAAAUGCUGCUCCAUUGGAUAGACCCAUUCCGAGUGCUGAGCCUUUUGAUUUUGAAGGGCCUUCAUCAAAUGCGAUUGCAGUGAGAUCAUCGGGCAUUGGGAAUUCAAGAAACUAUUCAAACAUAGAUUCCGAAGUGAUGGGUAACCAUCAGUCUAGAGGCUCGAAAUUCGGCACAGGGUCCAGUGAUGCUCAUUCGCCGAGGAACAUAUCAUGCCCUGUUUCUCCUAUUGGAAGCCCACUUCUGUAUUCUAGGUCCCCGCAACAUAUGAGUGGAAGGUUGUCUCCAUCUCCCAUAUCUAGCCCUCAUACUGCCUCCGGCUCCUCCACUCCACUCACUGGUGGUAGUGGUGCACUCCCAUUUCAUCAUCCUAAACAGCAUUCUUAUGUUCACGAAAGUACAGGAACAACUCAGAGGUGUCAAAACGGUUUUUAUACAAGUAGUAGCACACCUUAUCAUGAGCCAAAGCCCGAUCUUUUUCGGGGAAUGCCACAAGCCUCACAUGCAUUCCGGGAUAUAUUUUCUUCAGAUAAUUCCACAAUAGGAAAUCAGAUGGGGCGUCCUACUCCUGUCGAGUUUUAUGAUGUACAGUCGGUUCUUGCUGAUCGUGUAUCCCAACAGCUCUUGAGGGAUCAUGUAAAGCUUAAUUCAUCUGUGGAGUUCAGUCUGAGCUCGCCAAAGCUGGACCGGACAACCGGCAUCUGAUUGUUUCACCGAGAUCCCUGGUCAGAGCAGAACUUGGCUUUGAUGCUUUUAGCCUUUUAGGUUUGGUUUUAUAUCUGAAUAGUUGCAGGAAGGUCCACUCUUUAAGUUAGGAACCAAGUUUGGAUCUCUAGGAGGCUUUGAAGCUAUUGAAACUUUAAUUUGCCUAUCUGUUGCUGCCUCAUAAAAUCCUGCAUUUAGAAAUUCUUUACCAAGGAGAACCUAUCAGUCACUGAAAGAAAAAAUGUAUAGUUUAGUCACACCUGAAAAAAAAAGAAAAAAAAUUAAAUGAUCCAUUACCAUUUGAACCCAGAUAGUUCCCUUUUUUUUUUCUUUGUUUUGGUUUCCUUUUCUGGGGAAAAAAGGCGGCAGCAGGUAAAGUUGAUUGUACAGAAUGAUGGAAACAAGAAUUUGAAGCAGAGGUUUUGUGAAGAUGAAUGAAGGGUUGACAUUUGCCAGGCUGUUCAUCUCUUCUAUGGUUCAUUUCAUAUAGCAGAUCACUCCUAACUCCUGUAAUGGUCUUAGUUGGUCUUGCUGAUACUGUUAUUGUACCUAAACUAUAUCUGCAUCAAAUACAAGAAAUCUUAUUCA